GAACGUGUGAAUGGGCCUUACUCUUUGCUACAUGGGCCUGGGUAUUUCUGUAAUUAAAAUAGUUAUGUGAAUGUGUGUGUCGGUUUACUUUGUUGUCGUUUCGCGAAGAACCCUAGAUCUACCGAGAUCUAUCGAAGAGAAGCAAGCAAAUCUGUGUUUCAGAAACAACAAAACCUCUCUCUCUCAAACUCACUGAUUCGUGUGUGUUGUGUUCCGAUGGAGAUCGAUCGCACGUUUGUAAUAUUUGAUUGCAAACCCAAUGGUAGUAAUUUAUUCUUCGGAGGAGCCCUAGUCUUGUCUCAGACGCUGGGUGAUACUUUGGCUUCCGGUAAUAUCGAUUUUGAGCGCAACUACAAGUGGAUCCACUCCCUGCUCAACAAUAGAAUGUGGAUGGUUCAUGACAAAGUCAAUUGUGAAAGGUUGACUUACGGAUGUAAUCAAAUUGGAAAACCACCUCCCACUCCCACAUCUGUAAUUGAUACAUCUCUCUUCACGUCGUCCAGAACGAAGCUGGGCCGAGCUGCUGUAAUGUUCGGUUUGGGUAAUGGUCCUAAUGGAUAUGAAUCGAACCUUUCUGCUAUCUUGGCAUGUACAGAGAUCAUGUCAAAGUUGGAUGUGCCAGUGAAGACUUUAAAUGAUACAGUCCAUCCUAUGAUUUAUUAUCUCAUGCAAUAUAACGAUAAGAUGAAUGAUGAGGUCAGAGCCCGCUAUUUUAACAAGGCCGAGUAUCCAUCACUCAACAAGAUUGACGAUAUACCAAUCAAGAUGUUGGUGGACGAUGUGCUAACGACACGCAAGGCUGAUGAUGAUGAUGAUGAUGAUGAUGAUGAUGAUGAUGAUGAUGAUGAUGACGACGACGACGACGACGGCGGCAUUGAGGGACUGAAACAACAAAAGGAUGCUCUGCGCGGCAAAGCGGUAGUGAAACCCAAGGAACUCUACAUUGAGGGACUGAAACAACUAAAGGAUGGGUGCUUGCUGCAUCCGGUGUAUUACGAUUACAAUAACAUUCUAUCUCGUAAGGAUUAUGAAGAUGUUGGUUUUGAUGUUGAUGAUGAGGAUAUGAUCAGGAUGAUGACGACGACGACGUCGUCGGCAUUGAGGGACGGCAAAUCGGUAGUGAAACUAGGAUUAUGAAGAUGUUGGUUAUGAUGUUGAUGAUGAGGAUUCUGACAAUACCAGGAUAUGAUGAACGAUGACUAAGUAGGCGUGGGUUGCUUCAUUGAUCAUCUUGUAUGGAUUUCAUGUUUGUUAGUGUUUUAAACUCAAGCUUUUCGCAGAGUUUCUAUGUGUGUGUGGACCUUUUGUUUUUCUAUCCAACUUAAACCUUAAGUUUGAAAUCCAAGAUAUUAUAUUUUUA